AUGCCGUUGCUCCAUAAACGGCUGUUCGAACCCAAUCCAGUGCCGGAAGGGGUGACGUCAAGCACACGGAUUUUCUUCUGCAAACCUACGAAAGAAGUGUUCCUUACACAUACGUAAGUGAAAUCAUUUCUCCCAAUUCCAACUCUGCAUCUUCUUCAGUGAUUUCUUCAGUCGUAUGAUCCUUCUCAAUUCGACAGCUUGGUCGUGUUCUCUCACUCGUAAAACCAACCUCACUUUCUACGAAGCCAUGUCCUCAGAAGGAGAAGCUGAGAGAGAACUUGGCGGUUUCCCCGAAUAUCUGGAAGUUCCCAUCCUGUUCAUUGUUCACCGAUAUACGAAUCGUGGACGCUUCGAAGAACUCGUCAAUGAUAUUUACUACAUUAUGAAGGAGCGAUAUUUCAACAACGAAGAAGUCGUCUUCUCGGAACGCAGCAAAAAGUAUCUGGCUCGAAUCGUCGCCUCUUUCACUCCGUUCGAUGGUCAGAAUGGGCAUCAAAUACCGAGUGGAAGUGAGAUCAGGGACCCGGUGCUUCCUCCUCCGGACAGCUUCACUUAUACCGUUGAGAUUAUCGACAACCAAGUGCCACUCGGAGAACGAUUCCGAGAAAGGGUCAGCUAUGAGAAGCUGUUCCGGCCGAAGAACGUUGGAGCCCGGCAGAAGGUCAGGUUAUUCCUGAAGACUGCGUGUCACAUGCCGCUGACCGGCGAACGAUACGUGGUGAGAGAGGAGCAUCUGGAGAAACUGGGGCAUAUCGCGUGGGGAGAUGUGAUGGCAGGCGCCGAGCCGAUUUGUCCGCAGACUCCCGCUCUUCAAAGAGGACGAAUUCCGAACACAUUGAAACCAGGAUACGUGGAUCCGCCAGAGAAGAAGGAAAGGAAAGCGAAGGAGAAGAAGGACUCGAGUGUUCGUGAGUCACAUUAGCAAUAAUGCAUAGGUGCGGGAUGUUAGAGAAACGCCAAAGCAUUUUUCCGACCUGGCGGUCGGAUUGAAAUUUCCGAACCAGCGGCAACCAUAAGGCGCUCAACUCAAAACACCUAUGCAAUAAUAUACUGUUUUAUUCGCGAAUGAAUCCUUUUUGCAGCGACAAGACCGAGAGGCAGACCACCGAAGACUCCACAGCAAAAGGCGAUUGAUGACGAAGAAAAGAAGGUCCGAAAGAGGAAGUCAACAGCAACAGAGCACGCGGAGUUUGACCUAACGAGCAGCGGAGCUAUGACUCUGACGGUCGCCUCCACUUCGACCCCUGUGAAGAAGAAGAAGAAACGGCAAAACAGCAUGUCGAAAAGCGAAAAAAAGAAGACCAAGAUUUUGGAGCAGCAGGGCGAUCUCAACUUUUACUUCAGUGAAGCACGACGACUCGGAAUAAAUUUGGGUGGAUUGGAGCAGGAAGAAAAACUUCUCAGUCCGAAAGUUGUUGCGGAGUUUAAGCAGAAAGUGAAAGAGGAAAAAGACGCGGAGCGAGAGCUUAUCAAAGAAGAAAAGAAAAGGAAACUGAGGGAGAAAGCGGCUUACAUGAAGAAAAGAGAUGACUUACUCUGUGACGAUCUGAAGCCGAUGCCUCGCUUUCCAAAACUGGAAAUUCCAGCGUGGAUGAAAGAUGACGAGUUUGGAGAAUAUAUGUUCGUCCUGCAGUUUUUUUGUACAUUCAAAGACGUGCUUCCGCUCAAAGAGAUACGUGGAAACGACGAGGUGCGAUUCUCCGACAUUGUCCUCGCCAUCAAGUGCAAUGAUCCCCAGAACAGUCCGUUCGCAGAUCUGAUGAGAGUUCUCCUGUCCAUUCGAACGGAUAUAGCAGAUGAGGAGGACGGAGACGAAGCCGAUUUCACGAAUCGCGAGGAAGUUUAUCUGAUAAACACUCAAAACUGCGAUCCGGCGAAUGCGAUGUACGGUGAUGCAAUACGAGAGUGCAAUGAGCUGCACUGGAAGAUAAGAAAGACUCAUGGAAAGUCUGCUCGCCAUCUUCCUGUCGACUGGAUGACACUGACCGAAGUUAUCCGAUUGGUGUUGGAGACGUCUGGAUAUUACACAGGAAUUGCCACGCAUCGACAUCGACUGUACGCGAGAGGAAAUUACCGAGGCUACGAAGAUCCGGCGUUCGAACUGAAAAUGAGCCGACCGGACAUAAUGAGCAAACUGCUCACGCAGACAGUCUUCGACCUGGAGCCGUCUGAACGGUUGGAGAUUAUCAGAGUGUUCAUUUAUCAGCUGCUGAGCUAUUCCAAAUUUCGAACGUAUAUUGAAGAGAAGCAGGGCGAGCUGGCCGAGUUGAAGAGAGAGCAGAAGAAGCUGAAGGCGUGGGACGUCGGACAAGAAGGGGAUGCGAACGCGGCGAGGCUGCUGCUUGGAUUUUCUCCGAAGAGUCCACUGAAUGGAUCCCCUUCCAAAGAAAAAUCGGGAAUUGUCAAGAGAUUGAAAACACACAUAAAGGCACACAACGAAGGAAGGAGGCUGGACAAAGACGAUUUGGAAAGCGUAAGAAACUAGCUGGAAUUUCAAGUUGUCAAUGUUCCUUUUUCAGAUUCUUCUCAACUUUGUGCCUUUUACAAGCCUCAGUCUCGAUGAAAUAGUGACUGCUCGCCAACUCCAGAAAGCCGCUUUCCAGGAGAUAUUCGCAGAACUUGUCUCCAAAAUCUUCACACUUCACUGCAACAUCAGUAAUCUGGGUCUCGGCUGGGAUCGCGCAUUCCGAAAAUAUAUCGUGAAUGAGAAUCUCUCUGCGAUUCUCAUCGAGAAUCCUUCUUCCUCAUCCGACUCUCUUGGCAUCUGCUCAGUCGCUUCUGCCAUCGAAAGUGACGAGCUCCUUCAAGAAUCAUCGACUCAAGAAGUUUUCCUCUGCUCCGGAGAACUGGAAACGUGUGUUGUACACGGUCCGAGCAGACUGAAUCGCACACGCUGGUGCUACGUGGAAAAUCGGGAGCAAUUCGAGCAGCUGGCUAAAUCAAUGAAUCCUCGUGGAAUUCGAGAGAGUGAACUGCUUGAGGAACUGAAUGAGUACCGCGCCGGUUUGUUGCAUUUGCUAGAAGAAACCGAGAACUCACGGAGCGAAGAGGAUUGGAAAAGGCAAUGGAUGACUGACGAGAACGACCCAGCUGACACCUACAACAUCGACUGGGACACUGAAAUGAGAGACCUUCUGCUGGAUUUCGAAGAGAAAAUUGAGCAGGGACAGAUGGGCUCUAUUGAGAAGACGUUCUCUUUCGGUCGAACGGCGUGGCGAGAGAAUCUGAAGAACCAAGGCGACGUCUGUAUGCUGCUGCAGACGGAUAUCAGAAUAGGCAAUGAAUUGGCCAUAGAUCUCGAGAAUGCCAAAAAUUAUUCUGAUGUGAAGAAGUUGGCUAUCGCGUUCUUUCUGAUCAUUAAAAGCAUCAGUUUCAAAUUCAUAAAGACACCAUUCAUCAGUCCAAACAAAGACGAACGUAAGUUUCCCACCCAUACUAAUUGUAUCCUCUUUUCCCUGAUUUCAGAUGGAAACUCGAAACCUUCCGAGCUGUAUGUUCGUUGGCAAAAGGCACUGCUCCAAUGUCAGUCUCUUUCCGCUCUGUCUCUCUUCAUUUCCACUCUCGAAUCGUCCAUCAAAUGGGACAAAAGUCGACUCCAAGGAAAAUGUCGGAGCUGCCGCCGGAAAGCGGCUGCUCAUGAGCUCGUUCUCUGUUCCGAUUGUGACAGUUGCUAUCAUCUGAAAUGCGUUAAACUGAGCAUCGAAACUAAUGCGCCGACUGAUUGGCUGUGCUCAACUUGUCUGGCUCAAAAGAGAAAAGAGGAGAACGAGGCGAAACGGUUGAAGAGAGUCGACAAAAUGGGAGAAGGCGACGAAGAGGCUGCGAUGAACAACCUGAGUAUAGAGAGCGACAACGAGUAAGAAAAAGUAUCAAUGAUUCCUAAUACAUAACGGUUUUCAGAUUCCUAGCACAAGAAGCCGGAAGCAGCUCCAGCAGUCCCAGUGUUCAAACGAUACGAACUGCAAGCGGAAGAUCAGUCAGAAAAGUACAGUAUCAUGCGGUCCACGAAGGAAUCAAUCCUAAAGCUCGAAAAUCAAAUGGCUCAUUGAUUAUGAGUCCACUCGCAACCCCGUCGGAAAGACCUGUCAGAUCAACCGCAAUUCGAACGUAGUGACAUUUCUUUCCUGAAUGUUCAAUAGCUAGUUUUUGUAGGUUUGAUCUAAACGAAAAGAACGGACUGAGUGACGAUGAUGAAGAUCAGUACGAAGCGAGCAGCCGACAGAAGAAGACGGUCGCGAAAAAGAGCGUGGCGAAUCCUAAUGCAACUGUCACUGAAGCCGUCCGGAUCGCAGCGCAAAGUACAAAAGAGAAGAUGUCGGCAAUAGAAUCACUGCUCAAAAAGGCAAUGCGGGAGGAGUGCUCGUGGCCAUUCUUGCAGCCAGUCGAUUCGAAAGAAGUGCCCGACUAUUACGAUGUCAUCAAAAGACCAAUGGAUUUGAGGACAAUGAUGAAUAAGAUCAAGCAGAGGAUCUACAAUCAGCCUGUAGAAGUAGACGGAUAACCGAAGAAUAUGUUUAGUCUUUGAUUUUCAGGUCCGAAACGACUUCCGUCUCAUUCUGUCGAACUGUGAGAUAUACAACGAGACGGAGAGCGAGAUCUAUCAACUGUCUCGUCAGCUCUAUGAAUUCGUCGCCUCCCGUCUGGAUGCAAUCAUCGACCAAUAA